UCGCUCUUUCUGAAAAUCCAGAGAUCCGAAGUCUAUAUUGUGGUUCUCUACCCCAAAUACACUGAUUCGCCCUGGUGCUUGGAGGAGCUCGAGGAGAUUCUCCAGUUUAUGAAGCUGCACGGGCGGAGGGUUAUACCGGUUUUCUACGCCGUCGACCCUUCUGAGUUCGAAAACCAGAAAUUGCCCUCUUCUACUGCUGGGAGAAUUCGAAGAUGGAGAGCUGCAUUGAGUGAGGUAGCCAACCUCUCCGGAUUCGAUUCUCAGGUCAUCAGGUAUGUUAAAUCAAAACCUGUACCUGUUAAUUAA